GACGUUGCUUUGCGACUCGAACUGUAUUCGUUCGCCGGUCCAUCUCGAAGUUCGAACUUCGUAGUGGAUUGUUGUGUUCAGUGUGGUGCCGCGUCGAUUAUAUUACAGAUCUGUUAUUUUGAAUAAUUUAAUAAAAAUAGUUCUUAAAAUAACUAGCUAUUAGCUUCUAUCUUCUUGUUGUUUGUGAAUAACAAGUACUUUUAAUAAGCUUUAAAAUGUCUGUUAUGGGCAAAAUUAUCGUGCCUAAUGUAUGCCGUCGUAAUUUUAUUAAUAUAAGCGCCUCAUUGCAAUCUGUGAGAUCAAAUCGAAGUUACUUUACAUACACUCAAGAAUUGUCUCAGCCCUUAGACCGAAAACCCGAAUUUGUUAGUGCCAAGGAAGCUUUUGAAAAAUGUUUGAAGUCUGGUCACACUGUUUUCGCUCAGGGCGCCGCUGCGACCCCUGUCCCUCUUCUGAACGCCAUGACCGAUGUUGGCAAGGCCGGUUCACUGCGGGACAUAAAGGUUGUGCAUAUGCAUACUGAGAGGGAUGCACCAUAUGUUGCUCCGGAAUGCAAGGAUAUUUUCAGGUCCGUUUCCCUGUUCAUGGCGGCAAAUGUUCGCCAAUCAGUCGCCGAGGGUCGUUCAGACGCCAUUCCCAUCUUCCUGCAAGACAUACCGAAGCUGUUCCACAGGAAGAUCAUAAGGCCAGACAUCGCUGUCAUACAGGUUUCCCCCCCAGACCAGCACGGAUACUGUAGCCUUGGUACAUCCGUGGAUUGUGUGAGAUCUGCUCUCGUUAACUCAAAGAUUAUUAUAGCUCAAAUUAACGUGAACAUGCCGCGUACGUUCGGCGACGCGAUCAUCCACGUGUCGCACGUGGACUACGCCGUAGAGGACAACACGCCGCUGCCGGAACACGGAGGGAAGGCCGCCACGCCCGAGGAGACGAAGAUAGGCCAGCUGAUAGGGGAUAACCUGGUCGAGGACGGAGCUACACUACAGAUGGGUAUCGGUAACAUACCUGAUGCUGUGCUCUCCGCUCUCAAGAAUCACAAAGAUCUCGGAAUACAUUCGGAGAUGUUCAGUGUGGGUGUCAUUGACCUCGUGAGGAGGGGAUGUGUCACCAAUAACAAGAAGAAAAAUCACAAAGGUCGGAUCGUUGGCAGUUUCCUUGUUGGUAACAAGGAGCUUUACGACUUUGUGGAUAACAAUCCGUUCAUAGAGAUGUUGGAGAUUGAUUACGUGAACAACACACACAUAGUGUCUCUGCAGCCCACUAUGACGGCGAUCAACUCCUGCAUCGAAGUCGAUCUAACCGGACAGAUAUGUGCCGAUUCCAUAGGUACCCGUAUGUUUUCCGGCUUCGGUGGUCAGGUGGACUUCAUCCGAGGCGCGGCGGAGUCUGUCGAUGGGAAAGGAAAACCCAUCAUAGCGCUUGUCUCAAACACCAAGAGGGGGGAGUCCAAGAUUGUACCCACGCUUAAGAUUGGUGCUGGAGUAGUGACUACUAGGGCGCACGUCCAUUACGUCGUAACUGAACAGGGCAUAGCUUACUUGUUCGGUAAGACAUUAAGGCAACGCGCAUACGAGCUCAUUAAAAUAGCUCACCCGGAUCAUCGCGAAGCGCUCGAGAAGGCAGCCUUCGAGCGACUGAAAUGCAUGCCUGCGCCUUAAGCCAUAGACAAUAAAUAUUGCCAGUAGAAAAAAAAAUAUAGCAUAUUAUGCACUCUUGUACACAUUUGUUUUCAACGAAUUUAAUAUGCAUUUUAUUUUAUAUACAUUAUAUGUUUAUUAAGUAUUGCCGUGCUAAAGUGUUAUUCUAUUGAUAGAAUUGUAAUUAUUAUUAUUAUUAUUUUUUAUAUUUAAUACAUAGAGAUGUAAGCGUAAUCAUGGAAGAUAUUCCGUCAUUUACAUGCGCCGUUUGUUAUUUAUGUUCUGUUUAUAUACAGCUAUUUUUAUUCAUACCACAUAAUAAAUGUAUCUACAACAACAUAAA